AUGAAUAUUACAAUAACAAAUACUACCAUUGCCAGUACGAGCGAUUAUGAUACUCGUAUGAUUGCACUCGUGAAUCUUCUAAAUCAGACCAUUUCACAAGUUGCUUUAGGUUUAAUUUGUAUCAUGGGAAAUAUUGGUUCGAUUUUCAAUUGUAUUGUCUUUUCUCAACCAGCUUUUCAAAAAAGUCCUUGUGCUAUGUAUUUCAUUGCUGCAAGUUUUUCACAAUUAUUUACCUUUGAUUUUGCUCUUUUUACUCGUAUGUUGCAUUAUGGGUAUAAUAUGAAAGCUCUUAAUUAUGAACUUUGGUAUUGUAAAAUUCGAUUUUAUUUAUUCUAUAUUUUUGUGGCAGUUCCUCGUUAUAAUCUUAUUAUGGCUAUCGUUGAUCGUUUCUUUACCAGUUCACGUGAUGCUCUUCGUCGUCAAUGGAGUUCACCAAAGAUUGCACUUCGUGUUAUAAUUGCCAAUAGUAUUCUUUGGUGUAUUAUUUAUAUUCAAGUUCUCAUUUUCUAUGAAAUCAAUAAUAGCAAUUGUUCUUAUCGAGGAGGAUCAUAUGGAAUAUUUUUUAGUAUUUAUAUUUCAAUUGAUAGCGGUAUUCUUCCCAUAUCAUUAAUGCUUAUUUUCGGUUUACUCACUGUUAAGCAUGUUCAUCAAUCAAAACAAAGAAUUGUUCCAGCUCCAGGAAAUAAUGAUGCGCCAGCUAAUCAAACCGGUAGAAUGUCAAAAAAAGAUGCACAACUUCAUAAAAUGUUAGCAAAUCAAAUACUUCUUUUUCUUAUUCUAAAUAUACCAAAUCCUUGUUAUCUUGUUUAUCAAUCAUUCAUCGUAAAUAGUACAUUAUCUCCACUUCGUCGUGCAAGUGAAUCAUUUGCCAGCAAUAUGACAUAUGUUCUCGUAUAUUUUGGAUUUUCAUUAACAUUCGCGAAUUUUUUUAUAUCAUCAGAAAUAUUUCGACGAGAAUUUAUUCAACUUAUUCGAACAAAGGUAUUACGUCAAAAUCCAAGACGAACAACAUCAACGGGUGGUGCUACAACAGUCAAAGUUCUUCGCCCAACUGAUGGAGAAGAAUAA